UUGAUUAACCAACCCAGUGUGUUUCAUAUUCAUGGCGCUUCUUUCUCCCGGCGGGUGCGCACGUUUAAGCGUGUCACGGCCGGCUCAUAGUAGCCGUAGAAGAACCGCCAUAGUUGCUACUCUGCCCCCUCCUAGACGUGACACAGUCGACUGGGUGGAGGCUACUUCGAGCUUCUUUGAAGGUGACUCCAGACCCAUCAUGUUAUAUGACGGUGUUUGCAAUUUGUGUAAUGGAGGUGUGAGGUUUGUGCGUGACAUUGAUCGAAAUAGGAAAAUCAGGUAUGAAGCACUCCAAAGCGAAGCAGGCAAGAAUUUACUGAGGAGGUCGGGAAGAGCUCCUGAUGAUAUUUCAAGUGUUGUACUUGUUGAAAAGGAUAGAUCAUAUAUCAAGUCAGAUGCUGUUCUCAAGAUAAUGGAAUAUGUAGAUAUACCUUACCCUCAGCUUGCUUUUUUUCUUCAUUUUGUACCUCAGUUUGUGAGAGAUUUUGUGUAUGACAACAUUGCAAACAACCGUUACACGAUUUUUGGUCGUUCAGACUCUUGUGAGUUAUAUGACAAUUAACUUAUUAGAUUGUUAUAGUUAAAAAUAAAUGUAUAUUGGAAACUCCAGAAAUGAGACAACUAAUUCUUGUUCUGGUGGAAAUAAAAUAAUCAUGAACAUAUAAAUCAAUAGAAAUAUCUUUGGUGUAAAUUAUUCAUUGUAGCACUACAUUAGCUUGUCAUUGACUCAUUGAUUUUGUUACCAAUUUUUCUCUUUAUUUCCUU